GAAACGCCACAGAGAAGAGAAAAAGGGGGAAAAAAGAAGAAGCAUUCUCUGUUUCCUAAUAUUUUACAUCUAUUAAUCUUAGUGCAUGAGUUCUGGGGUGUGUUUUGCUAAAAGUAAAGCAUUUACAAGUUUCUAGUUAUCAUCGUAUAGCUGUGUACUUGAGCUUUGAGUACAACUUUUGUACUGAUUUAUUUCAAUUCUAGUGUUCAAAUAUAUGUAAAAUAGUCCAUUCUGGGAGCUUUGGUGAAUGCAUUGUGUGGGGAAAUGGGAUCUGUAAAUGAGUUUUAUUCAGUUGAAGAGUUCAAUUUGGAGUGCAAGUGGUUGAUUGAUCCAAAGCAUCUCUUUGUUGGUCCAAAGAUUGGAGAAGGUGCCCAUGCCAAAGUCUAUGAGGGAAAAUACAAAAACCAGAAUGUAGCGAUAAAGAUCCUUCAUAAAGGGGAGACACAGGAGGAGAUUGCCAAGCGAGAAGCUAACUUUAGUAGAGAGGUUGCGAUGUUAUCCAGAGUUCAACACAAGAACUUAGUGAAGUUCAUAGGAGCUUGCAAGGAGCCUAUCAUGGUCAUUGUAACUGAACUUCUUCUAGGUGGAACAUUAAGGAAGUACUUGCUGAAAAUGAGGCCAAGGUGCUUCGAUAUGCAUGUUGCUAUUGGAUAUGCCCUUGAUAUAGCUCGUGGAAUGGAGUUUUUGCACUCUCAUGGAAUCAUCCAUCGUGACCUAAAACCUGAAAACUUGCUCCUGACAGCAGACCACAAAACCAUCAAACUUGCUGAUUUUGGUUUGGCAAGAGAAGAGUCAUUGACAGAGAUGAUGACAGCUGAAACUGGAACAUAUCGCUGGAUGGCUCCAGAGCUCUACAGCACAGUCACUUUAAGGCAAGGAGAGAAGAAGCAUUAUAACCACAAAGUGGACUCCUAUAGCUUUGCAAUUGUCUUAUGGGAGCUCAUACAUAACAAAUUACCAUUCGAAGGCAUGUCUAACUUGCAGGCUGCCUAUGCUGCUGCAUUUAAGAAUACCAGGCCAAGCGCCGAUGAUCUUCCUCAGGAUAUGGCCUUAAUAGUGACUUCCUGUUGGAAAGAGGAUCCAAAUGCUCGUCCCAACUUCACUCAGAUAAUACAGUUGCUUCAACAUUAUCUUUCGACAAUUUUGCCCACAAAGCCUGUGCUAUCACUCAGGAUUUUCACUUCAGACACUGCUGUCUUGCCACCCGAGUCUCCCGGUACAAGAGCUUUAAUGGCUAAGUGUGAUGACUCAACUGAGACCCCUACUACACCCUUGGAGAACACACCAAGUGGUAUCUUCUUCUGUUUUAACCGAUGUUACUGAUCCCAAAGGGAAAAUUGUU